ACAAAACUGUUUAAAACACCAACAAUUUUAAAAGUAAGAUAGGAAACUUAACGAGAUACGUUUUGUAUGAAGGCAAGUUCAAAGUUUCACAACCAGAGCUGCCCCACUCUCCUCUUCAUCACUCUGCCACUCCCACAGCAUUGAUCUCUGUUUGGACGGGACACUGGCCUGCAGCUCACUCACUGAUUCUGCAUGACUGUGACAAAGAUGUCAUGGCGCCCGUCGUACAGAAGCUCCAAGUUUCGAAAUGUCUAUGGGAAGGUUGGCAGUCGGGAGCACUGCUACGAUGGUAUCCCCAUCACCAAGAACGUCCACGACAACCACUUCUGUGCCGUCAACUCCAAGUUCCUGGCAGUGGUCACUGAAAGCACUGGUGGGGGCUCAUUCAUCAUCAUUCCUGUUUCCCAGUCAGGCCGUCUAGACUCUCACUACCCAAAGGUAUGCGGGCACCAAGGCAAUGUACUGGACAUCAAGUGGAACCCCUUCUUUGAAAACAUCAUAGCUUCCUGCUCGGAGGACAGCUCGGUGCGAGUAUGGGAAAUUCCAGAUGGCGGCCUGAGGCAUAACAUGACGGAGGCAGUGCUGGAGCUGUAUGGUCACAGCAGACGGGUGGGUUUGAUCGAGUGGCAUCCCACCAGCAGUGGCAUCCUAUUCAGCGCCGGCUAUGAUUACAAGAUUCUGAUCUGGAACUUGGAGAUCGGAGAGCCAGUAAAAAUGAUUGACUGCCAUACAGAUGUCAUCGUGAGCAUGUCCUUCAACACAAAUGGCAGCCUGCUGGCCACCAGCUGUAAAGACAGGAAACUGCGAGUCAUUGAGCCGCGAUCUGGGAGAGUCCUUCAGCAAGCCAGCUACAAGAACCACCGCGUAAACCGAGUGGUUUUCCUGGGCAACCUCAAGCGGCUGCUCACCACAGGCGUCUCUCGUUGGAACACACGUCAGAUUGCUCUCUGGGAUCAGGAGGAUUUGUCGAUGCCACUGAUGGAGGAGGAUAUAGAUGGUCUCUCUGGACUGUUGUUUCCCUUCUAUGACAAUGACACUCACAUGUUGUACCUGGCAGGCAAGGGCGAUGGCAACAUCCGUUACUUUGAGAUUACUACAGAGAAACCAUUCAUCCAGUAUCUAAUGGAGUUCCGGUCCCCGGCCCCUCAGAAAGGAUUAGCCGUGAUGCCAAAACACGGUCUGGAUGUGGGAGCUUGUGAGGUGUUCCGCUUCUACAAGUUGGUCACCCUCAAGGGCUUGAUAGAGCCUAUUUCAAUGAUUGUACCAAGAAGGUCAGACACAUACCAAGAAGACAUUUAUCCCAUGACGGCAGGAACAGAACCUGCACUCUCAGCAACUGAGUGGCUCAGUGGCAUCGACAGAGAGCCAGUAUUAAUGUCCUUGAAAGAUAGCUACCACCGGCCAAACAAGUUAGUGUUCAAGCCCCCAGUAAAGGACAAGAAAAAUGUGGUUGUGAAUGGCAUUGACUUGCUUGAGAAUGUACCACCCAGGACGGAAAAUGAGCUCUUGCAGAUGUUCUUCCGGCAGCAGGAUGAGUUGCGUAGGCUGAGGGAGGCAUUGAACAGCAAGGAUGUGCGAAUACGUCAACUGGAACUGGAAUUGAACAACAUGAAGAAUUUGAACCCCAACAACAUCUGACCUCCGAUCAAGCUGCCUGCUUUGCCUUCAUUUUGGACCUCCAAAAAACUUCGGAGCCCCCCACCAUGUUUGACCGUAUACCAUAUCCUAACUCCUGCUGCUCUGCCUCAUAUGUUCUAUGACCAUUGGACAAUUUUUUUUUUUUUUAUUACUUCAAUAUUGUAAUAAAGACAACUAUGUAAUUGAUUGCCACAUUGAGGAAUAGAUUGCAAUCAGUGAAAUGUUAUUUUAUGUUAUGAAUUCAUUGGAUUAGAAAAGAUGAAUUACUGCACACUUUCCAAAAAACCUUUAAGAAUCUUGUUUCAAUUUAAGCCACAAUCCUUUAUAGAAAAGGCCUCAAAAUCUUCUAGGGUCUCCCCCAAGUACUGACAAGCAACAUUUUUAAGGCCAAUUUGGUCGAUAAAAUCCAAUUUUUCUUCAGGGUCUUAUACGUUACUGCAGCUCAUUUGCAGGGAGCUACAGCGUUAUCUCAAAUUGGCUGACCGACAUGUACGUGGGUGUGUGUAUUACUGCUUCGUGACGCUAAUACAAACGGGUAACAAGCAGGUGUGAACACUUGGCUCUGCAGCUAAGCCUUAAGUGAACUUUAGGGGGCUUGAGGGGGGGACUGAUUUGGCUUUAAGGCUAAUUCCAUGGAUGGGGGUUGUAUUUUACAUUCACUUCUGUUUAUUUGUAAUUUUUCUCACAUUGUUUCUGACUUUGUGGCUUGGCAAGUAAUGAUUGUGAUGACUGACAGAUUUUGCUGAAUGUUUACAUACAAUUGAGGCAAGACUGAUGUGGAAGUGGCUCUUUCUUUUUUGUGACAAUAACACCAUAAAUGUGGAGCCGGUAUAAAGGUAGUACUGUAUAGUCUCAAUAACUAUUCCCUUUAGUUGUUACUAUAAGCCAUAUUUAUUAUGAGUAAAUAUUUAAUUUUGUUCUGCUUCUAAUUGUAGAAAGCUAAAUUUUAACCACAUCUUUGCUUUUUUUCCCCCCUUCUUUUGACUCAAUAAUAGCCAUAAAACCACUCAAUGUAUGUGUUUUUUUAUUGGCAAUAUAGAAAUAUCCUCAAGCUGAGCCUAUAGUUAGUGGACUUAGAAAGUGCAGAAGAUAUGUUGCCUACGGUAUUGUGUAACAAGAAUGAAACGUGAACCAGUGAGUUUAAU